UAUCUGUGAAUGCUCAUGCCAAUCUAUAGAUGAUAAGAUUUUCACUCAGUCGGUACUCUCUCGUUGCUUAGUAGACCAGCAAAAUGUCGGCUGCAGGAGUUGAUGUCAGACCUUUGCGGGUAUCUCCCGUUAUUAAAUUCUUUCGAUGGACUCUUCUAUUGACUGGAAUCGCAUAUGGUGCCUAUUUCCAAAGAAAGUUCAGUAAAAUAGAAAACUUACGUCGCGAACAAGAAUUGAGGGAGAAACCUAUGCGGGAUGCAAAACGUGCAGAAGAAAGGAAACGUCAAUUGGAAGCUGAAGCCAAAUUUUUGGAUGACCUUGCCAAGGGACAUGUUGCAUAAAUAUUAUCAUUAUUUAAUCAUUAGUAUGAAUGGUCAUUAUCACUAAGCUUAUCAGGCAAGGAUCUAUUAUGUACAUUUGUGUUCAGAAUCUACAGUAGACAUAACAUAAACUUCUUAUCACAUUACUUAUGAAAUAAAAUAAUAUUCAUUAUGUUA